AUGAUCUACCAAAUGCUGCAAUUAAUGCAGAAGCAGAUGGCCCAACAGCAGCAAAUGAUGUCGCAAUUAAUGCAAUUGCACCCGCUCCAGCAAACGUCGCAGCCCCAGCAGCAUUCGCAGCAGCAGUCUUUCGUCCCGCAGCAGCAGCCCGAGCUUACCAUGGAUGCUUUGGCGAGCAGCAUUUCCGAGUUUCGGUACGAGGCCGAGUCGGACGUUAUGUUUUCCGCCUGGUUUUCACGUUACGACGACCUGUUUAAUCAGGACGCCUCCCGACUCGACGACGCGGCGAAAGUUCGUUUACUCGUGCGUAAGCUGGGCACGACAGAGCAUUCACGGCCUGUCACUUAUGCCAUGAUUGAGACGGUCAACAAAGAGCUGGAUAGGUUGGACCAAUUGAAUAUCAUCACGCACGUAGACUUUUCCGAAUGGGCAGCCCCGAUCGUAGUUGUACGAAAGGCAAAUGGCAACAUCCGCAUCUGUGGCGACUACUCGACUGGCUUAAACGAUGCGCUUCAGCCACUCGAAUAUCCAUUGCCAUUGCCCGAAGAUAUUUUUUCGAAGCUUGCGCACAGUAGUUGGUUCAGCAAAGUAGACCUGUCAGACGCCUUCCUCCAGGUCGAGAUUCACGAAUAA